GAGGGGGCUUAAGCAUGAGGGGAGAGGAGUGAGGAUGGAUCAAACGCGCACUAUCCUCGCAUGACAAUGAUGACAACCACUUUAUACUCCAAGACGUAAUAUUAUUUUUCACUUCACGUUUCAGGAUAACGGUAUACAACAACCGCAAACUUUCUGAAAUACAGUGACUUGAUGGGAAAGUAACGGUUCUCUUCACCAAAACUACAUCAAACUCUUCAAAUACAACGUAUAUUAAAAUAUAUAUAUAUAGUGUUACCUUCAUUGUUUCACAACUAAUUUAUCGUGCUUCAUAACCCCCCGCGUAACUUUUUGGAUGGUUUUGGGACAGAUGAAAGAGAGAUGACGGACUUAUUUUGAAAGACUACUUGAACUGUGCUCAAAUAUAUCUUUGAAUCCAAAAUGGAAUCGUCGCUUAUGUACCUGUUUUUAUCGUUGACGUUACCUGGAGUCAUUUGGCGUGCGUCUUCGAAUCCCUCACUGAACAAUCUCCAACCCGCUCUGAGCCAAUCCAGUUCAAAUGGGGGGAGAGUAGCGAGCAGGCACAGGAACUGGUGUGCUUACGUGGUGACACGCACCAUCAGCUGUGUAAUGGAGGACGGUGUGGAGACGUACGUGAAGCCAGACUACCAGAGAUGUGCCUGGGGGCAGUGUUCCAGAGUGAUGGCGUAUCGUACGUACCGGAGGCCCAGGUACAAGGUGGCUUAUAAGAUGGUGACAGAGAUGGAGUGGAAGUGUUGUCAUGGUUACUCCGGGGACGACUGCUAUGAUGGUCCAACGGGGACCGGGGACAGCCAGGUCACAGCGGGACGACCUCACGUCACACAGACCGGAUACAACAAUGGAGGUGGGCAGAAGGGAGGAGAGGGUGACAAUGACAAGAUGAGACAGAUGGAGGAGACUAUUCAGAGGUUGACCAAGGACCUCCAUGACAUGCAGUCCACCAUGACGGGCAUGAACCUGAGGUUCCAAGAUGGAACUAGGAGGCCAGGCCUGAACGGAGACAGGACCCCUGCAGACGCAGCCAAGCCCAUGAAAGAGACCAUCCACAACAUUCAGACCAAACUUGACCAACUGGACAAUCGCACGCAGGUCCACGACCAGACCCUGCUGUCCAUCAACAACCACUUGGUCAACGGUGACAGAGGUUCCCGCGGCAAUGAGCUAGACGGAGCUGUCACAGGCAAGAUGGACGCCAUGAAGGAGGAGAUCCUCCGCGAACUGGAGAGGAGGGUCAGUCUGUCGUGCUCCUCCUGCCAGAGCGGGGUGGAGGACAUGAGGAAGCAGCAGAGGAGUGACCAGGAGAAGAUCAGUGGUCUGGAGAAGUUGCUGAGCUCCAUGGAGCAACACUACCGCCACAACAUGGACGUCACCCGGAGGGAGAUGGAACGUACACAGGGCUGCUGCAACAGCGUCACGGAGAUGGACAGGAGGCUGACCACCACGGAGGGGAAGUUUAACGCCACAGCACAAGGCUAUGAUGUCAUCAAAGAGCGCCUGGACAAGGAGCUGGGUGCGGGGUCGGGUGGUGGAGGAGGAGGAGGUGAGAAAGGAGGGAGGACGAAGGUGACGGAGGAGAAGCUGAACAGUAGACUGAGGGAGGUGGAGAGGAGGCUGAACAACACGGUGAGGAAGACAGAGCAGAAGUUCACCAACACAGGAAACAACAUGAAGGACAACCUGCAGAGAGAGGUCACCACCAUUCGUAACAUAGUCCUCAGCCACAUGGAUGACCACGGCUACAGGAUAGGCAAGGUGGAGCUGGACCUCACAGUCCUGACGGACACGGUUACGGACCACAGCCGACGACUGGGUCAACUAGAGAACACGACAAACUUUAUCGACACCGAACUGUCGAGGACAGUGGACAUGUGCUCCGAGACCUGCGGCCCCAACGGGAAGGGCCGUAAGACAGAAGACAUGGUCAAGACCUUGGAGUGGAGAGUAGUGGCCAACAAGGAGGACAUCCAGAAGUUUGAUACCAGACUCAAGGACCUGUCGCUGACUGGCGACUCUAUCAUAGACCGAGUGUUGGAUCUCAGCAACGACGUUAAGAAGAUCAAAGGAUUGACGGGGGAGGACGGCGAGCGCUUCAACCAGAUAGUCACGGAGGUGGAGACGCUGGGGCGGAGCGUGGACGACUGCUCCCUCUGUAGCACUGUAGAACAAGACCUGCAGUCGUUCACCAACAGCACCAACAGCGCCAUCUGGAGGUGCCAAGCGGAACUGACCAACCUACGCAACAGGUUUGACUCUGAGGAAUCCUCUUGUUCCCAGCUGUGCUCUAACCUGCAGGAGGAAGUGGGGAGGCUGAAGGAGGAAGUGGAGGAGUGUACAGGGAAGUGUAAGACCGGCCUGACGGACCUAAAGAAAAACCUGGACGGACAUACGACCCUCCACGGACGGUUGGGAACGGACCUGAAAUCCAUCCAGGGGGAACUAUCCAAGUUCACCAUCAGGUUUACUACCCUGAAUGACUCUGUGAAGGGGCUAGGUCAUACGGUGCAGAGGCAUGGCAACACCAUCACAGACCUGGGCUCUACCAAGGAUAACAUCAUGUCUGAGUUGGACCAUGUGCAGACAGAGCUGGACGAGCACGUCAAGGACACCAGGGGGCGCUUCACUGACCUGGGUCGUGAGAUAAAGACCAUCACCAGUAAAUACGUGACGGAGAUUGGGGAGUGUCGGCGGUCCGGGGAUGGGCUGGACAAGAGGCUGUCCAAGAUGGAGGAGGUCUGUGGCCGGCUGGAUGGUGUCUCCAACAGCCUGGCCAAGAUCAAGGAGGGGCUGAACAGACACGUGUCAGGGUUGUGGAACUGUGUCAACACGCUCAACUCUACGGUCAUCUUCCACGACGAGUCCAUCGACAACAUCCAGAACGUCCAGCUUCCAGACGUUCACUCUGACAUCAACAGGCUCAACACCUCUGUCCUCAACGUCCUCGAGGAGUUCCACAGCUUUAAACAACAGGACUUUGUCGGUUCCCCUGGUCUGCCCGGUCCGAGGGGAGAGAGGGGCUACUCUGGACUCCCAGGGCCAAAGGGACCCCAAGGAAGAGAAGGGCCCCAAGGCAAACCUGGCAAGGAGGGGCCCCUGGGACCUCCAGGUCUGAGAGGUGAAGAAGGUCCAGCAGGAUCAGAUGCCCAUGUUCCUCGUCUGUCCUUCUCAGCAGCUCUGACCCGCCCUCAGGCCAGGGCUGGAACCAUAGUAUUCAACAAGAUCUUUGUCAAUGAGAAGGAUGUCUAUAACCCAGGCACAGGUUACUUCACAGCCCCAGUGAGUGGUAAAUACUUCUUCAGCGCUACCCUGACAGGCCAUAAGAAUGUGAAGAUUGAGGCUGUCCUAUCUAAGUCUAACUACGGCGUAGCGCGUGGGGACUCUGCAGGCUACCAACCAGAGGGACUGGAGAAACCCAUGGCAGAGGCCAGACACACGCCCGGAGCCCUGGCUGUCUUCAACAUCGUCCUCCCUAUGAAGGUGGGAGAUACCGUCUGCAUCGACCUGGUCACCGGGAAACUGGCCCACUCCUCAGAACCCCUCACCAUCUUCAGCGGGAUGCUGCUGUAUGAGACCGUCUGAUUGGGCUAGACUGUCUGUGUGAGGCCUUCUGAUUGGCUGGACUGAAGGAGAGGGAUGAGUCUAAUUGGUGCUUACAGAGACAGACAGAAGUGACUGAGAGGACAGUGUCUUGAGAUCAACAAUUGAAUCAAACCGGCAAGAGAGAUACCUUCAUGAAUGAAUCAAACCGCCAAGAGAGAUACCUUCAUGAAUGAAUCAAACCGUCAAGAGAGAUACCUUCAUGAAUGAAUCAAACCGCCAAGAGAGAUACCUUCAUGAAUGAAUCAAACCGCCAAGAGAGAUACCUUCAUGAAUGAAUCAAACCGCCAAGAGAGAUACCUUCAUGAAUGAAUCAAACCGCCAAGAGAGAUACCUUCAUGAAUGAAUCAAACCGGGCAAGAGAGAUACCUUCAUGAAUGAAUCAAACCGGGCAAGAGAGAUACCUUCAUGAAUGAAUCAAACCGCCAAGAGAGAUACCUUCAUGAAUGAAUCAAACCGCCAAGAGAGAUACCUUCAUGAAUGAAUCAAACCGCCAAGAGAGAUACCUUCAUGAAUGAAUCAAACCGCCAAGAGAGAUACCUUCAUGAAUGAAUCAAACCGCCAAGAGAGAUACCUUCAUGAAUGAAUCAAACCGCCAAGAGAGAUACCUUCAUGAAUGAAUCAAACCGCCAAGAGAGAUACCUUCAUGAAUGAAUCAAACCGGCAAGAGAGAUACCUUCAUGAAUGAAUCAAACCGGCAAGAGAGAUACCUUCAUGAAUGAAUCAAACCGGCAAGAGAGAUACCUUCAUGAAUGAAUCAAACCGCCAAGAGAGAUACCUUCAUGAAUGAAUCAAACCGCCAAGAGAGAUACCUUCAUGAAUGAAUCAAACCGGCAAGAGAGAUACCUUCAUGAAUGAAUCAAACCGGCAUGAGAGAUACCUUCAUGAAUGAAUCAAACCGCCAAGAGAGAUACCUUCAUGAAUGAAUCAAACCGGGCAAGAGAGAUACCUUCAUGAAUGAAUCAAACCGGGCAAGAGAGAUACCUUCAUGAAUGAAUCAAACCGGGCAAGAGAGAUACCUUCAUGAAUGAAAUAGAAUCCAAUCCAUCCAUUUGAUGAUUUGUGUUUCACAGCUCGGAGCAAACAGGAAUCCCACUGGGCACAGAUGUCGAUUCAAAGUCUAUUCCACGUUGGUUCAAUGUAAUUACAUUGAAAUGACGUGGGAACAACCGUCGUGUUCCCAGUGGGGUUAAACAUCAUGUCUUUGACAUUCAUUUCCUUUCGAAAGAGAUGCCACUGCAGAGUUUUACAUGUUAUAUUAUUUUAAUAGUUUGUUCGGCACUAUCAACUUUAAUGUUUCACUUAUUUUCAUAAGCUGGCCUUGAGGUCUCACACAUAUUCUUUAACGUCAAAUCAAACUAUAGUAUAUUUUUGAAAGGAUCACAAAAUAAUGUUAAGUAUUUUUGUUCCAUGUAGACUGAUACACCCACAAAUAUGACUGGGAUGGGUUGAUGUUCCAGAAUCUGUUUAUUGCACACAUUCUAUGUCAAAGUGGUUCUGAAGUAUUUUGUAUAUUCAGUCUAAAUUACUCACACUAUCUAUUUCACGUGUGCAAACAGAUUGAAGAGAAAUGCAACAAUAAGCACAUUUUCCUCAAGUAACAAAGCAAUUUCAGCGUGUGGGAGCAGACCAGCAACAAACAAAGUUAUGCUGGUGCUCAUUAUGACUUUUGUUCUAGAACUCAGAAAGAAAAAGAACAUUUGAGGAACAUUCCAUUAAUUUGUUCUAGAACUCAAACAGAAAAAUAACAUUUGAGGAACAUUCCAUUAAUUUGGUCUAGAACUCAAACAGAAAAAGAACAUUUGAGGAACAUUCCAUUAAUUUGGUCUAGAACUCAAACAGAAAAAGAACAUUUGAGGAACAUUCCAUUAAUUUGUUCUAGAACUCAAACAGAAAAAGAACAUUUGAGGAACAUCCCAUUAAUAUAUCCAAGGACUCAAGAGAAAGAGUUCUUCUCAGAAUCUCGAAUGUAGCCAUAGAGGUCAUAUAAACUUGGCGAAGGUCGAGGGUCAACUGUAGAACGUGUGUCCUCUCUGUUUCUCUGUCUACCCUAUUCAGAGCCACAGAUAACACUGAUGAGCAGGGUACGCAUCCCUCUAUCCCUCCAUGAAUUUAAACCUCAGCCAAGAAACCAUGUGCCUGGUCAAAAAGUAGUGUACUAAGGUAGGGAAUAGGGUGCCAUUUGGGACAAACACAUGUUUCCUGUGUCCUUCCCUCACUAGGCCAAUUAACAUGCCUUUCCUUUCUCAAAGUAUUUGAAUUCAGUCCGAUACAGUACAGUAUAGGAAGACCCUCUAGUGGAAUGUUCAUAUGUUGACACUAUCGAGGAACAUUAUCAUCAGAAAUGACAUUUACGGCUCUGUCCCCAAUGGUAUCCUAUUCUAACUAUAGUACACUACUUUGGACCAAGUGCACUAAAAUAUAUAUAUAUAUAUAAAUAAAUAAAUAAAAUGGGUGCCUUUUCAGAUGCACAUUGUAUUUUUGCAUGCCAUAUGUUGCCAGAAUUUCCUAAAGUCUUGAACCAGACAGUUUGGAAAUGCAAUUUACUUUGUAAUAUGUGUUUUUGUAUGCGUUGAUGUACAACCUCAAUAGUUUGUAAAUAUUUGUAUGUAUAUUUUUUGGUCAUAUAUUAGUAAUUUGUUGUGACUGUAUGCUUUUGCUUUGUUUUUAUUAGGUUUGUGUUUUUGUUUUGUUUGCCACAUGUGACUCCAAUACAGAUCACUUUUCCACA